CCACGCAGGUACAUAAAUAUGAGUAUUGAAUCAAAAGGUUUAGAAAAUUAAGAAAAAGAUAUGGCAAAGAAUUUAGGAUUUGUGUUCUUGGUUCUUGUGGUUCUUUUGGUGCCAUGCUCCAUCAACUAUGGUCUUGUUUCUGCACAACCACAAGAGUUACUCCCACAAAUCGAAUGGAGAAGAAUGAUGAUCACGGUACGAUCAUCAAGAAGCCAAAUAGGUAGGCAGAAAAGAGCGUCGCCUUCUCCAUCAUCACCACCUUCGUUGUUGUCGCAAGCACCGGGGCUUUGAGGAACACCAUUUCUUGAUGAAAAGUUGAAAACGAAUAGAAUUUACUUAAAUAUCGGUUUUUGGAAUCAUUGAUAAGCUAUGCAUACAAUUUACUUAAAUAUCUAUUUUGUUCAAUAUAUAUAUAUGAUGAAGUUGUUUAUUUGACAAAAAAAAAUAAUGAUUGUCAAGGUUGGUUGGGCAAUUUUUUUUUUUUUUUUUUUUUUGUGUGUGUAGUAUAGACC